UUCAGAAAUCAAUAAUCAUUUCAGUUUCAAACUUUCUUCUUAACGUGUGUUAUUUUUUGUUAAUAACAAAGCUGUCGCAUCUCUCUGUUAGUGUAAAAAAGUUAUACAGAUAUUAUAUGAUGCAAUGAAUCCAGUACCGAGUCGCGAAUUUUUGGAAGUGCAUCCGCUUCACCAGCAUCAACCGCAUUGCAAGCAGCAAUGUUUUGUCUUUACAGAAAUAUCAGAUAUUGAGCUUCCCGCGGAAAUAACCAAGUUCGGUGGUGGCAACGAAAAGAUUAGAUGCAGCAAUGGCGGCAUUCCGUCUUACACCUCCAAAAAGGAUUCCAGCAGUGAGCUAUCUGGGGAGCGCCCAGAAAGGUCCCGUGGUCGAAAGAUUCUGCUGGGCGUGGGCCUGGUACUCUUAUGCAUCGGCAUGGCUGGUGGCAUUCCAUUGGCCUUACAGCUUCGGUCCUCUUCUCUGCUGGAGGCCCGCCUGUCAUUCAUUCGACGCUUGUUGACAGAAUCGCCGCUCAUUGAGGGAUCCUGGAAGCCACCAACUACGACGAACUUGAACAGCAGCAACUUGUUCGAGGUGCGCCAAAAUCACAUAGGCGCAGUCCUGUGGCCAAUUGCUGUGCCUUGUGGUGCGCAAUACCUAGACGCGGUUCAGCUAGCCCUGGAGGGCAUCGAUAAGGCAAAACGGAUUACUGCCGCUAGCGACCUAAUGCAUAUCGUGGAGUCGGCUGAUGAAAUGGAGCAAACUCAUAUCAGGGGCGAAGUGGCUGUUCUGAUGGGCAUCAGUGGGGGCCAUGCUCUGGGCACAAGUCUGGCAGUUUUGCGUUCUAUUUAUUUGCUGGGAGCCCGAUUUGUCGCCAUAACUAGCUUAGAGUGCACAACACCAUGGGCAGCAGCUGCUAUACGAAGGCGGGAUCAUCUCAUAGAGGAGAAUGUAACGAAUUCAUUUAACGAAUUCGGAGAGAAAAUGCUUCUUGAAAUGAAUCGCUUGGGAAUGUUAGUGGAGAUAUCUCAACUUAGCGAGUCAGCGAUGCUUGCCGUCUUGCAAUCUGCAAAGGCUCCGGUUCUUUUAACAAACGCUACACCACUUUCUAUCUGCAACAGCACAAGUAUUGCUUCCAUACCGGACCACGUGCUCAGCCUUUUGCCAGAGAAUGGAGGAGUCGUUUUGCUCAACUUAGAACGGUGUGGAGAUCGAACAUUAAGCGUUCGAGAGGCAAUUAAUGCCAUUAACUAUGUGCGGAAAGUAUCCGGAGUAGAUCAUAUUGGACUUGGCGGAGCACCGAAGAGCUAUGCUCUUUUGCUAGCAGAGUUGGCGCGGGAUAGGGUGUGGGGUAAUGCUGCUAUAAAAAAGCUGGUUGGUGGAAAUGUUAUGAGGAUUUUGCGCGAAAUUGAGACCUUGAAGAGCCGCUUACCAUUAUAUGAGGAGUGGAUUCCGCAUGAGUCAAUUGAAAGCAAUUCAUAUUGUCGCUACCCAGAGUCUUGAAGAGCCCAAAUAAGAGUAAAGAUAUGUUCUCUAAAAUAUAUUUAAUUACUUUAUCGAAACACCACACCCGGAAUUUUAUAAAUUUCGUAAAUAAUUUAGCCAGAGGUAGAGCAGAGAAAUCGCCUUUAUCACGAGAAGCUGAUUUACAAGCGUUUCGCUUCAAUAAGGGUUACAAAAGUAUUAUUACAUUAAAAAUAGUUUUAUUGUUUAUUAAAUAGUCUCAAACAUCUUAACCAAUAUCCCAAGCAAGCAUAUGGGGAAACCUCGAAAGAUUGCACCCUGUUCCUGUAUUUUCUGUUCACAACAGACACUCAAACAAACUUCCAACUCAACUCUCAAUAUUAAGAUGUGCAAACUUAUUCGGGGUAUUAAACAAAUUCAAUGAAUAAAAAUUAAAUAUUAAAAAAGAA